GAGAUUGGCUUUUCGCGAGCGUGAAAAUUCAGUAGUAGUACGCUACCACCCACGCACGUAGUACGCACGUUCGCUCCACGUGUGCCCCGAACACGAACGAGAACGAUCCCCGAUUCGCCACGAGUUGCCAGCAUCGAGCAGAGGCGUCUCGGUGUGUCGUCCCGGGGACUCGAGAGGACUCGAGAGGAAAGACUGAAGAAAUCCGUGGAUCCGAGCAGUUCAUCGAUCGUCCAAACGGAUCAGGGGGAACGUCGAUCGAGGAGAGGGCGAGAGAAGAUCGUAAUUGAAGAGGUCGGAAAGUGUCUCUGUAUGUUCCGGUGAUUUCCAGCGGACUCGAGAGGGUAAACCGACGAAAUUUGUGGCUUUUGGCAGUUCAUCGAUCGUAGAUUGAGGAGAAGCGAGAGAGGAUCGUUCGAUUGAAGUCGGACGAGGUGAGUAGCUUGUGAUUAACGAGUUCUGGAUCUGGAUUUGGAGGAAACGUUGACAAAGUUUUUGAAGAGAAACAAGGAAGAAUCCCUCUCUGCGCCGGGUGGAUCGAAUCGAAGCACGAAGAAGAAUAAGAUGAGAAAGUUUCUUGUUCGAUGAAGCUCGAGCCCGAUGCUUCGAGCGGAAGAAAUGGAUCGAGAAGUUGCACGAUCAUCCGGCUGAUCGACGCGUCGGCGUUCCUCCCGCGGCAGAAAUCUAAAAUGAAAAUCCGCUCGACGGGACGAGAAACUUCUUCGAGUGGCGCGGCGACGACGCUGCCUCUGCGAGCCGCAGCUGAGAAUCCUGAUCGUUGGCACCUUUAAGAGCAUCGUUCCCGGGUGAUCGAGAACCAGCCGUCGUCUUCGACAAACUCCGCUUAAAAUGUCUGGAACGGAGGCACAUGGCGGCGACACGAGUCCCACGCGUGAGCCAAGGCAGAGUAGAAUUCACAGCGUCGGAUUACCGGCACGAACGUCCUUGCUUCCGGAACCACCGCCCACCGGAAGCGACACUCCACCGCCGAUACCGCGCCGCCAUUCCGCAACACCUGCGGUUGCACCGCCACCGAUACCACUGCGACCGCCAGCGAUCCCGAAACGAAACAGAAACGAGAAGCCGAUCCCGAUACAAGUGCCAACGAGAAAGAACGCUCAGACGAAUCGGCAGAAAGCUAACGAUCCAGCGCCACCGUCCUCGUCGAUCUUGUCCUCAUCUUGGCCCCGCGAGACGAACAACGAGAAGCUGAUCGACCUGGGCUCUCUCCAGGACCAACCUAACCGCCAAGAGUACACGUUGAGAGACACGAGCGAGGAGAACGACUUUGUGGCGGACUUCGACAAAGCGAAUUUCGACGGGGGCUGCAAGCCGAGCGACAAGUCUAGCUUCGAGGAACUGCAGAAGGCGUCGCGCGACUUGGAGAAGAGGUUGCAUGAGAGAAUUGUGAAGAGCGCCGAGUCGAAGUUCAAGGACCAGAGUGGAGAAGGGAGGCAGAGGCAGGGAGACAACGCGCAGAACAGCAGGCUUCAGUCGUCGAAGACGGGAAAAGAGGGUUCUUGCAAGGAAACUGCGGACCGAAAGUCUCGGGAGAAAAUUGCCGCGUCCCGUAGGGAGACCCUGCAGGACGACGAGACGAAGUUUGCAGCCCUGGUGAGGUCGCACCGCGAGGCAGAGAAGAGAUGCAAGUUCGAGGAGCUUCAGGCUGCCUCCAGGAAGCUCGAGAGACGACUGUACGAGGAGGAUGACCAUCUGAGAGCGAGCAAGGAUAGGUCUGCUGCCAGGUACGACGAACAGAAAUCCGCGGAAGCGGCUCCACGCGGGAAAUACGAGGCAGAGAUGGACAGAGUGCGGAACAUUUUGCAGCACAAUCUGAGGAAGGAGAGGAACUGCGAGAAAUUGGAGAAGUUACCGAAAGCGACGCAGACGAACCUGCCGCCGCCGCUGAGUGCGAUCACGCAGAGCUCUGUGCCGAAACCUAUGAGUGUUCGACAGGACAGCAACGUUUCCUCGGACAGCUUCAGUCAGACCAGCUCGCCUAGUUACACCAGCAAGACCAUGGAGGCUCCUCUUUUACCCCAUAAAUACGGCAAAGUACCAGACAGGGCACUGGUGUCGGAGCCGGACAGCUCCUCCGGACGGACGAUCAUCAAGUCGACCAGCACCCCGGCGAGCUUGCAAGCGAUCGUGAAGGUUCACGGUGGUAACAACGGCUCCUUGCAUCAUAAGAUAAUCAGCGACAUGGCCAGCAGGCAUUACGUGACGAACGGGAGGCUGCGAUUCAGAUUCGUGCAGGUAUUCUUCAACGCUGUCGCGUUGUUGAUCAUCGCCGGUGGUCUGACCAUUUACUUCAAGUCCUAUCCCGAGACACUUAUACGAGUGGAGAACAAGACGAUCUACACGAACGUGGUCGCGUUCACGGAACGAGUAUCAACAGCGAUCGAGGAGAAGAAUCCGGCGCCAGGUGUCUGUCUGCCCAUAAUCGUGACCUUCUGCACAUACCACAAGAUCCCGUAUAAUUUCACCAUCUUCCCAAAUUACAUGGGCGAUUUCGGGCAACUCGACGCCCAACACGACCUCGAACCAUACGGUGCCGUGAUCGAUGUCAAAUGCUACGAAUUGGCAGCCCUCUUCCUCUGCAGCGUUUUUGUGCCAAAAUGUGGAUCCCGGGGCCACGUGGUGCGACCCUGUCGUAGCCUCUGUUUUCAUACCAAGAGGAGAUGCGGAUUUUUCUUGGACGUAUUUGGCCUAACUCUACCGGAAUAUCUGGAAUGCGAUCUCUUUCCUGAGAAUUCCAAUCCUGACGAGUGCGUGGGACAACAAGAAGUGCUGGAAGCAGCUCGGAAAGCAGAAAGGCCUGUAUGCACCAGUGGUUUCCAAUGCGAUGGGACCAGAUGCAUUCCGGUUGACUGGCGAUGCGACGGCCACUUGGACUGCGCGGAUCAUAGCGACGAGAACGAGUGCGGGGAGUGCACCGUCUCCUCCUCCUCUUCCUCGUCCAGUUCCAUCAACAGCACGAAGAUCAUGAAGAAACCGAUUCUGGCGAUGAACACCAUCUCAAAGUCGGCCUUGCACUGCGGCCAGAGAAGAUGUAUGUCGGCCAGCCACAUCUGCAACGGGGAGAUGGACUGUCCUUGGGGCCAGGACGAACGAUACUGUUUGAGACUGAGUCAAAGAAACGGCGACGUGGGCGAAGGGAGAUUGGAAGUGUACCAUGCAGAGAUGGGCAAAUUCAUGCCAGCCUGUAUCCCUUACUGGGACUCGAGUUCCGCUAAAACCAUCUGCUCCAUGCUCGGAUACACGGUGUCAAUUUCAUCCAGGUUGAUGGCACAAGGCAUGAACCUCACUCAAAGGGAACCUAAGUCUCGUCAUACGAACCUUCUGAAGGAAUUUCAAGAAUGUAUCACGGAUCAAGAAGCCUAUCCGACUGCUGAGUUAACUUGUUCAGAAUACGCCUGCGGAAGGAGGAACACGGUUUAUGGAAACAUGAAGGCUAAAACGAGAAUCGUGGGUGGCGUGGAGUCAGCUCCUGGUGAUUGGCCAUUUUUGGCGGCCCUUCUCGGAGGACCUGAACAGAUUUUUUACUGCGCCGGAGUCCUGAUUGCCGAUCAAUGGGUUCUCACCGCGUCUCACUGCGUGGGCAAUUACUCUGACGUUACCGGGUGGACGAUACAACUGGGAAUUACUAGAAGACACUCGCACACUUAUCUUGGUCAGAAGCUGAAGGUGAAAAGAGUGAUGCCACAUCCGGAGUACAAUGUAGGAGUCGCUCAUGAUAACGACGUGGCACUUUUUCAGCUGGAGAAACGAGUUCAGUUUCACGAUCAUCUAAGGCCAGUCUGUCUACCAACAGCUGACACUGAUCUAACGCCCGGAACACUGUGCACCGUGAUUGGCUGGGGAAAGAAAAACGACACCGACACUUCCGAAUACGAGCUAGCCGUGAACGAAGUUCAAGUCCCAGUGUUGAAGAGAGAAACCUGCAAUCUCUGGAUCACGGUCAAAGAGUAUAACGUCACUGACGGAAUGAUAUGCGCUGGAUAUCCAAACGGAGGCAAAGACGCGUGCCAGGGCGAUUCUGGCGGGCCCCUGCUGUGCCAGGACAAGCACGACAAGGAGAAAUGGUUUGUCGGUGGAAUAGUAAGUUGGGGUAUCACGUGCGCAUACCCGAAACUACCGGGCGUGUACGCUUACGUGCCCAAGUACGUGCCCUGGAUUCGCAACGAGAUGGCCAAAUACUCGGACAUAGGUAUGGGUUAGGUUAUACGAAAUAUGAAAAUUCACGAGGACUCGCGUCGACAGAACGAGUCAUCCAUCGAAGAAGCAUUCAGGUAUUUAGUUGUAGCAACAAUAAUUAUUCGUACGACAAUAAACCGAAAAUAGUCGAGAAACUGUAGAGGAACCGAAGAACUUUGCUAGAUACCAACAAACAUGUAUAUGUUCAAUAAUAUGGAUAUAAUCGAUAAUAAUCAAUAAGCGAUUUUGCAUUGAUCCAUUAGUUGAUUGGAGGUUCCACUUUGUUACGAAGGCAAAAACAUAAUCGUGCCGAUACAAACGUCACUUUUGAAUAGUGUAAUUUCGAAAUAUACUGACGAUUCUUUCUCUGUAAAGACAAUACGACAGACACUUAAAGUCUGAAGUCUUCGUAUUCUCUCAUCUUUUUGGGCGAGUAUUUUCACUGUCGAUUAUUAACUUUCUUUCUAAACGACAAUAAAUCUGACAAUACUAAACACGAUCGAGCGCAACUAGUUAAUCCAUUCGCAUCACGAAGCAGUGAAUAAUUGAGGAUUUCACAUUUGUUGGUUAUAUAUUCUGAUUUGUUACUCAAUUCCCGACAAUUUCCGAUCUUUUUGAUAUUUUAGAUCACUGUUUGUCACGGUAGGAUACUCGAGUCACGACAAAUUAUAAAUUCUCACAUCGAGUAAUUUAAGUCACGGUGCAAAUGGGUUAAAAUUCGAAUCGAGCGAGGAAAUUGGUCGACGUAGAUCAUACAGCAUUUCCGUAUAUCUUUCCCAACGUCUCUAACGACAGUAAUCCUUUAACGAUAUAAAAGUUAUCGAGACUUUUGCAAAUUCCAUUUCCAUUUCCAUGCAGAGAGCAAAAAUUAUAAUCUCGUUCUGCGUUGAUCAAUUUCUAGAUGCUUCAAAGUUUACACUUUACACGAUAAGAUACUUAGGUAAGAAUGCAAAAAAGCAAAGGUGAAAUAAGCGGAAACAUACUAAAAAGGAGGGAAAGCUCCAGACAACGAGCUCUCGUCGCUAUUUUCUAGGAAGUGAACGUUAGCUUCUACUCUUAAAAAGAAGAAGAAGAAGAAGAAAAAAAGAAGAACAAAGUCGUGGCAAGUCGAACGAAACAAAAUCUUUCAGAGACAAAAAGGAACGCGACGAAAAUGUUCGCAUCAGAUGCGAACGGAAUGCUAGAGAAAUAAAUAAAUAAAUAAAUUUAAGAAAAAAAAAAGAAAAAAAUAAAAUUUUCUAUUGCCAUCGGUUUUUUUGAUGAGCAUACGUGCCACCAAGUGGCCGAUCAUUCCAGAGGGUGUGCGUUUCAUCAAAUUUCAGAAACUUGAGAAAGAUUGAGAAACGAACGAGAUAUCGUGAUCUCUUUGUAGGAAUGACAAAAGAGGCAUCGAAACUGAGAAUCGUGGUUAUUCUGCUUUAAGAAAAAAAAAAAAAAAAAAAAAACCAGCUACGGAUAAUUUUUGUACGAGUUUUACGAACACACGCCCGACAUGUAGAUGAAAUUUUGUGCACACACUGUAUCAGAUGCAUUUGUGCGCUGGUUAAUAAAAACAUUUCGUACUAUUAAUUAAUUAUAAAAAGAUUAACAUAGAUAACGUAUUAUCCAUAUGGUUAGCGUAAGGUGUAUGUUUGUUAACGUAGAUGUAAAUUAUAAUACGUACACACACACAUAUAUAUAUAUACAUAUACGUGUUUAGCGUUGCGUGUAUUAAUUGUAUACUAAUGUAAAGUACACGUUAAUGUAAUGUAAGUAGACAGAGAAACAUAAAUACGUAUGUGAAGGUAGAACACGUGAGCUUAUAGAAUAUCGGAGCUGAGUUUCAUUCGAUUUUCCAGUGAUUUACUGAUAUCGCAAAAUUUAUAUUUUGUAUUUUUCUUAAUCAUCGAGAAACUGAAGUAGCAUGAAGCAUUUCUUCAUUCUUCAACAGAGAGGUUCAUUAUUUAAAAUUUCAAAAAUCUAGUGUCCACCACGUGUAUAAUAUAUAUAUAUAAUUUUCAAUGAAAUUUUCUCAGCUCCCACCGUGUCGAGCUCACGAGAUAUACGUACUAACAUAUAACAAAUUUCUGUCUCGUGCUUCGAACGAAUCUACUCUUAUUCGUAACCGAGGCACGAGUGAAAAUAUUUAAAUGCGCGAGUAACGAAACGCAGCUUGUAGCAAUUUGUUAGAGCACUUGGAGCUUAGAUUAACGUUUAGAUUAACACAUGUUGACUGAAUUCUAGGGACAAUACUCUGCACCAGCACCUUUUUGAUCCGCACCCAGAUGAGACGAAGAUUUAACAAAAAAAAAAAAAAGAAAAAAAAACAGAAAAAAAGAAAAAAAAAGAAAGAAAACGAAAAAGAAAAAGAAGUGAACAUAGUUUUUAAAAGAAACGAGUAUACUUUGUACUUGAUAUGGUAUAUUGUUUACGAGAAGAGGAAAACUAGGAGCCUUACUAAUUGACUUAGACUUUUUCUAAGCGAUAAGAAUAGCGGUAUUGUUGGUCAGGACAAUAAGUCGAUCUCGUUUCUCCGUGACGCCAUUUUUCUUAACCGUGUCUUUUUCUCUCCGAUCGAGAAUACAUACGUUUUUUACCAGUUCCGAACCCGAAAGCCCUUGUUUUUUACGUGAAUUUUUUCGUAGGUAAGUGGAUCCGUAUACUUCUAUAGAGGUUUUUCAGUUUCCACGUAAGAAACAACCUUUAUUACUAGGUAGAAAAAGAAAAAAAAGAAAAAAAAAAAAGAAAAAUGACGCUUCGACGUUUUCCGCCCCCUCAACCCUCUUCACCCAUCGUUCCCGGAAGUAACGACGCUUGCUCUCGCUUCGUGAUCAUUCGAACUGAUUUUGUUUCCACAUCGGACGAGACGCUUAAUUUUUGACAAAUCCCUAAGACGCGUUUAGAGGAUAAAAGUCUUCCUUAGUAUCCAGACAACAGGUAGUUGUAAGCGAACGAGUAAUGUAAAAUUUAAUAAUAACCGACAAUACUGUGUGAGCAGACAAUAAAUAAUAUUAGGAAAUGUUCCAAUAACGGACAAUAAAAUUAGCACGUAAGACCGUUAGAGUAUAAUUUAAUUCGGUAAGAAUAUGCAUGUGAUCGUUGCAACAAUUCUCUCUCGUCUACCGUGUGUAAAAUGAUAUACGUAAGAUGAUAAUUUAAGGAACGGUCGAUCUUAAUUCUCAAUCUACUCUAUAAUUUUCCAAACGAUUUUCUCUUCGAAAAUUCUGUUUUCCAGUACAGAAGGUCUGUCGAAGUCCUUUCGAUUUUCAAAUAUAGUUCGAUCUUCUCCGAGUAAAAGUAUGUUUCAUUAAAAAGAGGUCGAUCAUUGUUCCACCGAAAGGAAACUAGCGUAAGGUGAUGAAUAAUUCAAGGGACAACUGUACGAAAUUGUACUCUUCGUUGCUCUAAUUUCCCGACGUUCUUCGAAAAUUCAUUUCACUUCUCUACUUCUCCGAGUAAUGCAGUUCGAUCUUUUUUCUUAACUAGACUAGCGAAAACAAAUCGCUGUAGACAUAAAUCCCGCAUAAGGCAGAGGAACUUUCAAAGCAGGCUUCUGCCUGUUUACUUUCUCCAUUUUCCAUUUGGCUUUCGUUGGUUCAUAUCGCUCGAAAAACAUAAAUUAAAAGAGAAUACGUAGCGGAUAAAAAAGAGAGGUUAAAAAGGACAAUCAGGAGCGUGACUACGUUUUCUCGACGAGGAUAUUUUUUCUAAAACGGAUGGAACGUCGCUUAAUUUCGCGUGGUAAUUCAAAUCACUCGCACAUACGACAAUUUAUAGAAAGAACCGAUUUAUUUCGCAUUAGUUUAAGAAGCAGCCUUUCAAGUUUUCUCUUUUCUCCUUAAUCACACCUCCCUCUAAUGGUAGAUUUCAACUAAUGUGAUGAGCUAGCGGUUUGUACACGAAAUCGAUAUUUACACGUAUAAGACGAUAUAAUCGCGACUAUAUAGAAUACAUACAUAUAUACAUACAUGUAUAACUGAUACGUAAAAUAAGCAGCUGUUGUUAAGAAAACUUACAAAUCUAUUUUACAGAAAAGAUAUUGCUCGAUUUAGUUGUUCGGCGCCAAAAGGGGGGGAAAAAAAGCAAAAGAAAGAAAGAGAUGGUACAUUUCCUUUGAAAUCAAAACGUGUCUCGCACGAUGGAUUUUUAUAUAUUUUUUUAUCACGUGGUUAGAAGCGUGCCGAGAGAAAAAGGGAGAAACCGAGGAAAAAGAUCUCGCGCGAAGCGAAACAUUCCUUGUUUCGCUGGAUGAUUUUAGAGGUUUUUUACGCGACCGAAUGUUACGAGUCAAUAAUCGUAGUCAAUUUAGGAGUAGAUAUAUCGUAGGUACGACGGCUGUAAUGUUUGUACAUGUUAAGUACCGUGAAACCUCCGAGUAGAUCACGUUUCCCCUCCGUUUCAGAGACGAUUCUCUCUCAGCUAGAAAUAUCUUCUUUUCUCCUCAAAUUUUCUUCAAAUUCAUUCUCAUCUAUAUUAUUCAAGUUCUCCAGUCUUCAUUUUCCUCUCCAAACACUCUCGAUCUUGGAAUUUUUCCACGCUCUGUAAAAUUUGUCCAACUUCAGUUUUUUUCCUUUCGGUCUAACAUCUAAAAAUUUUCCUCAUUUUGAUUUUCUUUCAUCUUUUUUUUCUUUCUUUGUGUGCGUUUUCUUCUCACCUAAGAAUGUCCCUCCUUUAUCUCGCGAGGGAAUUAAAAUUCCGAACACUGGAACUUCUACCAAUUUCGUGCAGAAUUCGAUCGAUCGUUUAAUUUACGUGUACUCGAGGUUGUCGCGAUUCGCUGCGCACAAAAUACUGAUGUCCCUAAGGAAGAACCCCGAAUAACUUCUUCUUCGGAAGAAGACCCCGGGGGGGAAAGGUCUUCGAGAGACAUUACGAAACUGCGUAACUACUCCUGUGAAGUCAAUGUCGAUUAGCGAAGUAUCCCAAUAAUUGUAAUAAUUACGAAACUAAGAAAAAACAAAAAAAAAAAACGAGAAAAAAGAAAAAAAAAGAAAUGUGAAACUGUCUAUGAUAAGAUUACUCUAAGCAGAAACGGUGUACACGUGGUGUAUACACUCGAAUAACACUUAUAAAUAAUUCUGUAAACGUAUUCCGAUAUUGAACGAUCUGAGGGAUAAAUGUUAACAAAAAUGAAACAUCUAAAACGAUAAGGGAAUUUAGUUUAAGGGAAGUCAGUUUCAAGCGAGGCUCCUGCCUCGUGAGAAGUACGAAAGACGAGUAAUUCGUAACUACGUAUGAAUUUUAAGAUUUAGAGAGAUUGAUCUAGCAAGAAAAAUGUUGCCAGAGCAUCUAUACAAUCGUCACUUGAGCUUGAAGGUUGAUAUACACACGUCGCUGUACAAUUAUCGAAUCGACGGCCGACUGAACCCGGAUCGAUGAAAUCACACGUCAAUUCGAAGUUCCAAGAGGACGAGCAAAGCGAGACAGGAUUAUUUUCACGAAAGUAAAUGGCGUAGGAGGAGGAAGAUACGAUGAAUUAGGUUAAUACAUUAAGCAUCUAUCCGGGUUUAGUGGAUCGAGUGCCAAAGAUUCUGCUCUGCGGUCUUUCAUCGAAAGGAAGUUUCCGAGAUUAGUAAAAAUUUACAACAAAACACAAUACAGUACAAAUAAUUCCUAACGCAGAAUUUUCAGUUUAAUUAACACAGAUUUUUAGUGUUUUCUUUUUUUUUUAAUUCGAGAAAUAUACAUAGAAUUAGUCAAUAUAGAAUUCUAUAUCAAAUCUCGCGCUUUUUCUUCAGUCAAAAAGAAUCUCCUGUUGCACGAGAAAGACUUCGUUGUUUCGUUUUCCUUUUGCAAGAUCUCGAGAGCAGUGAUUGUUAGAAAAUUGCCCGCAUCCUGUUCCGAAAGAAGACGAGAACUAAUUCUCUCUGUCGGAACAUGUUGCAAGUGAAAAGAGUUAUAUUUAAGUAUGUACGUGUAACACGUACACCUAAUUAGUCGCGUACGCUAACGACGCAUUUAUACGCUAUGUGUCUCACCCCGCGUUUCAUUCGAGCAAACCCUCGACGAAACCAACCAACAACGACGACAAGGAACAAUCACAGCGAACGAUUGAUCAAGAGACAUUAACUUUUAUAACCUGCUUCAAAAAUCUUUCAUAGCUAACGAGAUAAAACGAAAGAAAAAAAAAAAAAAAACGAGGAGAAAAACCGAGGAGAAACGAAUAAAACGCGGGGAUGUCUAAAUGUGAUUGCUUGUUGUGCCCGGCACAAAUCCUAAUCGUACAAUCAGUGGUUGAUAUACUAUCUGCAUAUACACAAACAUAUAUAUUAAAAAAAUAUAUAUAUAUAUACAUUAAAAAAGAAAAAAGAGAAAAAAUAAAAAGAAGAAAUGGCUAAUAUUUGCGGGAACGUUUGAUUGAAUUAAUUGUAAAGUAAAAUAAUUCUAGCCACGAAGAGAAAGAGAGUAUCUUUUGACUCGUUCAAGAGAUUCUAAUUAAAUGAUAAGCGAUGUUUGUAUGUUGUAUAUGUUACGUAGAUGUACAUACAUACUGAUGUAUACACGUAUAUUAUAUAGAUACGUAUGCACGCAUGUACGUAUCAUAUAUGUAUGCACAUACGUAUAUUUAUAAUAUACACAGAUAGAUGAUAUAUAUAUAUAUACGUUGACUCUAAAACGUAGAUAAACGUUCUAUACACGUUCUGUGUCGCUGUGAUUGGUACAUAGACCUUAGGCCAGUGUCGUACCGUUAGAUUUCUAAUUAACUUAUAACGAGGAACCGAGACAGUCAUUGCUAUCGAUCGCUCGAAGCUCGAAUCGGCCGAUCGUUCUAUUUUGUGCCACGCUUCUGCGCACAAAUGCCAAUUUCUGUUAAAAAAAAAAAAAGAAAAAAAAAUCAAAUUCUCGAAGAAAUGAAUUUUUUUUAAAUAAUUCGACAGGGAAUCUCGCACUCGUCUCGAGUAGUUUACUUUGCGACAGAUUAAUAGCUUUCUACCCUGCUUCAUGUGAUUGAAGAUCGUCGACUCUUUCUUCUGCUUGUUUAAUUUGUUAAAGAACUCUGCUUAAUGCGAAAAGUUCGUCGAUGAUCUUUCACCGUCCGCCACUGCUUGGAAAAUCAAACUUGUUGGAAUUAAAUAGAAAACUCGGAGAAUCUUUAGAAGCCUUGGUUUAUGAAAAUUAGAAAUUUCGAAAGUAAAGUAUUUCAGCUGAACUUGUAAAGUGCAUAAAGUGCAUGUGAUAAGUAAAAAAAAAAAAAGAAAAAAAAAACCUAAAAUAUUUCUUAUAAUAUAGAGUGGACAAAGCAAAUCUCUGUUCAAGUUCCAUUUUCCAUAGCUUUCAUCUCCAUUUCUCGGCAGAAGAAUUUCAAAUUGCAUAAAUUCGCAGUAUGACGACUAACUUUUUAGUUUUUUUUUUUUUUUUUGUAUUCUCAAAAAAUAUCAGCUGAUUGUUAGUCAACUUAUCGCGCGGUUAUUUACGCACGGAAAAAUAAAAAAAAAAAAAAACGCAGGAAAUUCAAACGCAGUAGAUUCGAUGCUUGCACUGCCUUUCAAGUGAAAAAUGACUGUCUGGCCCUCCGGACCGCGAACGUUACAAGAAGACGGCGAAAGAAAAACAAAAGAA